CGGGUGUAGGAGGAGUCGUAGCUGUUGUUUUCCAGGAGUCUCUGUUGUAGAAACGAUAAAAAGAAACAACAAACUGCCGCUAAACUCUUCGUGUUUGUGUUUUCAGCUUCAUAUCAAUCGGCGGAGUCAGUGUUCCGAUGCAUCAGUGGGAUUUGUCUCCGUUCUCAGUCACUCCAGCUGCCAGUCUGCUGUCCAGAUGUGUCUCCAGAGGCGUCUUGUCUCAGGAGGAAAUAGACUCCGCCUCCUCCAGGCUGAGCCCUGCCUUCUCUUCUCACCUGCAUGAGGCUGAACAGCGAAUCAGAACAAAGAGACAGCUGGACAAGCUGCAGCUUGAGAUGGAGCUGCUGAAGAUGGAGAAGGAGAGCGCCGACGUCACACACAGAUUCUACCUCACUCAGAGGUUCCAGAGCCUGCAGGUGUUCUGUGGUCACCUGCAGGACCUCCUGAAGGAUCAGAACAGCCUGAGGCAGAGACUGGCGAGACCUCUGGGCCGCACCGACCUGCCUGUCCAGGCUCACCUGCACAGGUUCGUGGUGGAUGUGGUGAAGAUGCUGCUGGACUUCAUAGAGACUCUGGAGGAGAAGCUGAUCUCAGCCCGCUGCGCGUCCACCGCCAGAGACCACCUCGCUCAGCUGAAUACCUCUCUCGCCCAGUUACUGGCUCAUGUAGCAGAGGUGGACAGUUUGUCCAAUCAGGUUCUCCGAUGGAAAGAAGUCCACAGCAGCAGCUCGCUGAGUGACAGUUCUGCAUGACGACCCCUGACCUUCCUCCUCCUCCUCCUCCUCCUCCUCCUCCUGCUGGAUGGACAGGAUGUCUUCUGGUUGGACUGUUUGUGUAACUGUAGUAAUUAUUAAAUUAUUGUUGUUUUUCUGUGUCAGAGUUGAUGAGCUUGAUUCUUGUUUUUAUAAUAAAAUCAGAUUUUAGGAGAAACAUGUCAGCUGACUUCCUGUUCCUCCUCUUCAUCACGAUGACAUCACAGCAGGUUUGUUUUAUUUGAGCAGUUUGAAGCUCAGUUAAAGAAGAUGAAUGAUUUCAUCUGGUGGUUCAGGAGGCGAGAGACCUGGAGGAGGAUAACUCACCUCCAGGUUAACUGUCGUUUAUGACUCUGAAUCAUCACACCUGCAGCAUCACUGGUCCUCCGUCUGAGUGCUGAGCUCCAAACCCACAGUUCACACAGUCCACGUGGGACCUCAAACGGACUUGGUCUUGUUAGCUUCUACAGAGGAGCGACAGAGCGUCCUGACUGGAAACACGACAGACUGAUGUGGUUUGUGGACGACUGCAGCAGGUGGUUAAAACCAGCCAGAACCGGAACCAUCGACUGAUCCUCGGUGAUAUCAGUGAAUGUUCAACGUCCAAAAGAACCUCAAAGACAAACUUGAACUUUACAGAGAGCAGAGUCCACUGGUGGCGGCUGCAGGUGACCCCCACGGAGCAGCAAGUCUCCCCUGAUGCCUUUAAUGCUCCUGUUUGAAACGAGUUCCGGUUCUCUGAUCUCACCUUCAGAUGGUUCAUCUCUCAGCUGCCUCUGCCAUCGUCCUCUGCUCUGGUUCUGUGGACCUGGUGAAUUGAUUCAACAUGUAGAAAUGAUAACGUGAUGCUUGUGAGGUGACGGCGUGCGUUUGGUUGUGUUUGAAUUACAGUGAAUAAUUAAAACAGUGCAGCCAGUACUAGUGUCCCUGCAGCGCAGUGUCAUAAUCCUCAGACUGUACCUCUGUGCCCGAGGGCUGACAUCGCUAAAGUUCUUCCACCUGUACCUGGGCGGGCUCAUCCCAGGUGAGUCCCAACACACAACAGCUGCUUUGUUUCUUCAACAGGGCAGAGCUGGCAAAGGGAGGCUGAAGAAGUCCAGUCCAGUCCUGUCCUCCCUGAACUGACCCCUGCAGGCUCCUGUACUUCAUGUUGUUGCUCUACAUACUUUAUGUAUAUUUCAAACUAU